AUUGGUGGGAGCAAAAUCCCCUAAUCAGCAGUAGUAACAGGAUUGCCACCUUGGGGAUUAGGAUAAACCCUGAACAGGGAGGGCACUCUGAAUUCUUGAGCACCCUCACCCAAAAUUAUCCCCCAAAUAUCAUCCUAUUCGUCUGGAGAAGUACCCAUGUAGUCAAGUGCAUAUAUUUCAAAGACUGUUAGAGAAAAACCCAUGUGCAUAAACAUUAAGGACUCCUAGAGAAGUGCCCAUGUUUUUGGACUCUAGAGUCAAACACCUGUGUAUGAUGUAUCUUUCCUCUUGGCUCUUGUAAUACAGAGCUUUUUUUGUCAGAGCAUUGAUUUAGAAUGCAAGUGCUGCAAUGACAUACCAAGAAAAUAUUGGUGAGUGCAACGUUGCAAGGGUUUGAUAUGUUUAUUUUUGAUGAUAAUGAAACGAGUAUGGCCUAAUUUCCCCACACCCUAGACCCGUCAAAGCCUAGACUUAAAAAGUAAGGAGAAAAAAGAACAUUCUUCUCCCAAAAGAUCCUAGCAAGGAUAGCUAGAUGAACUAACAGGAUGAACCUAUGUCAAUUGACAUCCAAAAAAAUUGUUUGCAUCACCUGUUCUCAGCCACUUGGACUGGGUCAUUUAGGCUGUCCAGCCUGUAUCGUCUGUACUGAAAGCUACCCCAUUUUUGGCAUUCUAGUCUUCUUGGUCCCGCUUCCAGGGAUGAAAAUGGAAAAUGACAGCCUUAGUGCAGGGCAUUAGACACUCAAUAUGAUGGUACUUGCUCCUAAGAAACUUUCAAAUCCCUUUCUAGCCUUUUUGGGCUGUAAGUAGGAAAAAGGUAUAUUUAGUUGGCUGACCACUUGUUGAACAUAUAGAACAAAAACACAGAACAAUCUCAGGAAAAAGAAUUUACUCUUUUCUUCUCUAAAACUCUACUCCGUAAAAUUAUGCACCAAAGAAAAUUUAUACAGUGGAUUUUUAUCAUUUUGGUAAGGGAGAGUUGAGGAAAAGGUUAAUACGACUACAUGAUUAUAGAUAAUGAAGCAUUCUUUUAGUGACACCCUUUAAAUGAAAUUGUACUAUACUUCGUAUAUUCUUAGAGUUGGAGGGAGUAUGAGCACUAGUGCACUACUGUGCAAACAGUCUCUUCUCGACCAUGCUGUAAUAAUUUUCAGGUUUUCUUAACAUCAGCCCCCUAAUAAAGAUUAUGCCACAUUUGUUGAGAGUAAGUUUUUUUCCAAAUUUUACUAAUUUAAACCUUUUGUCUUCUCAUAUUAUCCUUUAUACUGUAUUAUUUGAGGAUUUUUGAUAGACUACAUUAGUGUAUGGUGGUGGAGGCAUAAAUUUUACAUAGUACGGUAUGGUUAUGAUGUAUAAUAUGAUUCUCAAUCAAAUACUCCGUAUGACUCACGAAGUACUCGUAUUUUAGAAACAAUGGGAUGGGAGUAGUAUAUAUAAUUUCUAUUUUAAAAAAUGAAAAGUCAGGUGCCUAACAAUCAUAUAUCUGUAUAACCUUUUAUCUAAAUAAUACUUGUAUAUUUUUUUUAAAAAUCAGGAUAAUAUGAUGUUUCUGAGAGUAGGUAGAAAUUUAUUAAUAAAGCACAAAAGACAGAAGGUAACGUUCAUAGAACUUUUAGACCAUAAUAGGGAAAUUCCUGCUUCAGAAGAAGCCAUAUGCUUAACCUAAUGAGUACAGAAAUUAAAAAAUGGUGAAUAAUGAAACAACUUAGCACUUUGUCCUAAAGUAAUGUGUUUAAUUUUUCUUGUAGUGGUGUUCUUGAUAAUAAUGGGUGCAUGUGAGUGUUGUAGGUCCAGAUUAUUUUACCUUUUUGCUGACCACAAAAAAUUAUUGAAUAUAUGCAGUGCUACCUAAAGCUUGUAAAGUACUCACCCAUGCUUCGUCCCACUCAGGAUAAUGUGGUAAUUACCUUGGUUCUCCCACUAUCUUUCUUCUUAGUGCACUUUCUUGCAUUGUCCAAGACUAUUCCUCUCUUCGGAAUUAAUUGUCACGUAUUCUUGGUAUUCGGCAAAAACAUCUCCUAUCUUAGUACAUUAAUAAUUUACUACUCCGUAAGCCCGUAAUGAGUUUUGUGAUAUCUUGGUGUUUUUAAUUUAGAGAAGUUGGGAAAUGUGACAAAUUAACAACUAUUGUCAAACCGAUGUUCACAUUGCAAUAGUAAGUAUUUAUAAAUUAUGAGCAUCAUUAUUCACAGCUCAAAAUCAUUCAAGACCAGGAAUCAACAACAUAAUGCAGUCUUAAUUACUGUUAUGAAUUGGAAAAAAAAAAAUGACUUUAUGAUCCCAAGUACAAGUUAUUACCUUAAUUCAUGAAUGUUUAUGAAUAACAUAAAGAUCUGAAAUCAUGAAAUUUAAUUAAUGUAUGAUUAGACUUGAAGCACCUCAACCAAUUUGGUAAUGGACUAAUUAUUACUCCUUAUCUUGUGAAAUAUUAAACCACUCAUUAACCUAAUCUCACAGGAUAAAUUGAUUUUUUUUUUUCACCCUAUCAAAAAAAGAUAUGUGGUCCUACACUAAUGUCCAAUUUUCAAACAUAACAUACUAUACUAGCCAUAGGAGCAUCAAAGCUCGUCAAUCACGGGCUACCUUGACAACUUUUGUUACAUUUUCCAUACACUCUCAAAAGGUUAACUGACAGAGAAUUUAGUUAGUAGUAGUAGUUCUACUGACUGUCAUUUCUUCAAGAACAAGCAUGAUACUUCCUGCUUAAUUUCACCAACUCUUUCAACAUUAUCCUUGUCCUUGAGCCAUGUCUUUUCCAGCACCGGCCGCAUCCCCGGAGAUCGAUGUUGGAGAUCCGACAUCACUCCCUGAACUACUACCUCCGUCGCCAGGAAAUGAUGAAGUUACCUCUCCUCCUGCACCAUCUGUCACAUUACCAAUAUCAGUACCUUCUCUACCACCAGUGGUAGCACCCCCACUACCAGCAGUAGUAGGAGGAACAACUCCUCCUGCACCUUCUCCCAUUCUUUCACCUCCUCUUCCUACACGUACAUUACCUCCGAAGUCUCAACCGCAGCCACAACAACCUGUUUCUUCACCGCCAAAUACACCUACAAACAUCCCACCACCAGUAAGAACAUCCCCACCAAAUGUUAUUUCUCCUACACCUAGUAAACCAAUUAAUACAAACCCACCACAAAAAGAAACACCACCCAAAAAAGAAACUUCACCACCAAAUAUCAUUUCUCCUCCACUUAGUAAACAACCUGACAUUAAACCAUUACCACCUACUAGUAAUCCAACUGUUACUCCCUCACCUCCAUCAACACCAACAUCUUCCCAGCCACCCGUAAUCCGGCCUGCAGCUCAACCAACCCCAUCUAAACCAGGCCCAUUAAGACACCAAGCCACUCCAACAACACCAAGACCACCAUCACAUCUUCCUACUUCUGCUGUCCUUCCUUCCUCACCUCCUGUUGCUCUACCAGUUCCACAGACGCCGGGUGGUGGAGCAUGGAUUCCCUUUUCAUCAGAAUCUCCUGCGCCGCUUCCUUUACUUCCUAGCCCGCCUGGAACAUUAAGCUCCUCUGCAGCUCCCCUACAUGAUCAUGGUAGUAACAAUGGAGGCUUAGUAUCAUCAUCAUCAAGUGAUCAUCAGAACAUUCAGGCUGCUGCUGUUGAACCAAAGGGGUCUAAUAACGGCGCUAGUGGGUUUGUUGUGGGAUUGGCUAUUGGUGGGAUUUUGCUUCUGCUUCUUGGAGUUGUCUUUGGCAUUCUGUUUGUCUUUUGUAGGAGAAGAGAAAAAAAGAAGUUUGGUGAUUAUGGAUCUGGAAGAAAACAUGCAACUUCAUUCACUGGGUAUGAAGAAAAAGGUUCAUUACCCCAGUACACAAAGCAGGAUUCUAAUAACACUCAAGGGCUCCAAAGUGUGAUCAAUGUAAGUACUCCUAAGGGGCCAAUCAUGGAUACCGGUGGCAACUCUCCGGUGACUAGGGGACCUACUUCUGGGAGUGGGCACGCCCUAUCAAGCGGGACUUUCACGUACGAAGAGUUACUGAGGGCCACCAAUGGGUUUUCAGAGCAGAAUUUGCUUGGACAAGGCGGUUUUGGGUAUGUGUUCAAAGGGUUCCUUCCGAAUGGGAAGGAGGUUGCAGUGAAACAAUUGAAGAUAGGAGGGCAUCAAGGAGAAAGAGAGUUCAGAGCUGAAGUUGAAACAAUUAGCCAAGUUCAUCAUAAGCAUCUUGUUUCCUUGGUUGGGUAUUGCAUUUCUGGUUCUGAACGAUUGCUUAUUUAUGAGUUUGUGCCCAACAAUACAUUGGAAUUCCAUUUACAUGGAGAAGGGCAACCUGUUAUGGAUUGGCCUACUAGAUUGAAGAUUGCAAUAGGCUCUGCGAAAGGAUUAGCAUAUCUACAUGAAGAUUGUAGUCCUUCUAUCAUUCAUCGGGAUAUAAAAGUUGCAAAUAUCCUCCUUGACUUUAACUUCGAGGCAAAGGUUUCUGACUUUGGAUUGGCAAAAAUUUUCUCAAGUAGUAAUCCUUCUAUUACCCACAUGACAACUCGAGUUGUAGGAACUUUUGGAUAUUUAGCUCCUGAAUAUGCAUCAAGUGGUAAAGUUACUGAUAAAUCAGACAUUUAUUCAUAUGGGGUUAUGCUCCUUGAGCUUAUCACUGGCCGUCCACCUAUCAGCAAUUUUGGAACUGCUGCGUGUGGAAGUUUGGUUAAUUGGGCUCGGCCCCUAUUGGCACAAGCUAUUGGAGAUGGGAAAUUUGAUACUCUAGCUGAUCCAAAAUUACAAGAUGAUUAUGAUGUCGAUGAAAUGUCUAGUAUGGUGUCCUGUGCUGCUGCAUGUGUUCGCCUUUCUGCUUGGCGUAGGCCAAGAAUGAGCCAGGUGGUACGUUCCUUGGAGGGCAACCUUUCAGCAUCUGAGCUUGAUGAUGGAAUUAGACCAGGACAAAGCUCAAUGCAUUUUCCCUACGAAAGCUUAGAUUUUGAUGCACGAAACUACAUGGAGGAUAUGAAAAGAAUGGCCUUGACUAGCAAUACAACCACUCCUAGUAGAUAUAGCGAGAACACUAGUGAAUAUGGUCUGCUCCCUUCUCCCUCAAGCACUGAUACUAGACAACUCAAUUACUCAAGAGGCUGAUAUCUUGGGAUUAUGUGCUAGCUACGUAAAUAUUGGAGAAGCGUAAGGAAAAGAGGAUGGGAAGCUAUAAGGAUAAGAAAACCCGGACAAUAUCCAAAUUCUGUGGGAAUAUCUCAUUCAGAUAAUUAGAAAUUGAUAGAAAUCUCCAUUUUAUUCUUUGUUUGUUCUGGGGAGAAAAGGUAUGUUUUCUGUGAAGAUUAGGAUUAGUUGGAUUUUCAAGUACAUAGUCACAUAAAUGAGUUAUUCCUAGGGAUGCUACACGAACAAGUAUUGUAGUGAAAGUGAUUAUAAUUUGUAGAUUAAGCAUGAAGUUAUGAGUUCUGGUUUGUUUUUACAUUUUUGUUGCCAGAAUUAGAGCAAUUCUUGAUAAUUUCUUUUC